UGAAGGUUAAGUAAUUGCAGAUCUCAGAUAAUCCAGGGUAAUCUCCUCUGACUAAAUGGAAGCUACAUGCGCAAGCUUGGAACCCAGGAUGAUUGUCUAGGAGUAAAAGAUCUUCGAUUUUGGAUUUACCUAUUGCCUUGGAAAGAAACCAUGCAUCUGCUUGCUGCUGUUUGUAUCAUGAUGACCAUUUUGGAAGGAGUGGAUAGUUUCUGCCCUUCUCAGUGCAGCUGCAUUUACCAUGGCAUGAGUGAUGGAACCAGAACAAGGUCUGUGCUUUGUAAUGACCCUGAUAUGUUUGAAAUCCCUAUCAAUAUUCCUGUGGACUCUGUAAAACUCCGGAUAGAAAAGACAGUUAUAAGAAAAAUUCCAGCAGAGGCUUUUUAUUACCUGGUGGAUCUCAAAUAUCUAUGGCUUACAUACAACUCUAUCAUCAACAUUGAUAGCAGAAGCUUUUAUAACUUAAAGCAGCUACACGAAUUGCGUCUGGAUGGCAACUUGUUGUUGCGUUUCCCUUGGGAAUCUUUGGCUGAGAUGCCCAAUCUACGAACUCUGGAUUUACACAAUAACAAAAUGACCAGUAUUCCAGUUGAGGCUGGCAGAUAUCUGAGAAAUCUCACUUACUUAGAUAUAUCUAGCAACAAAUUAACCUCCUUGCCCUCAGACCUCAUGGAUAUCUGGCUUCCUUUUUCUGAAACAGCAAUACCCAGAAAUACAGAUACUCUGGUCCACAGAGCCAUAUUAGGUCUGCAGGACAAUCCAUGGUAUUGUGACUGUCGUAUUUCCAAGCUGAUUGAAUUUUCCAAAACUGCAGAUAGUGCUCUUAUAUUUCUAGACCCUUUUGUGGCUUGCAAUGGACCUGAAAGCUUAGCUGGGAUCUUGUUUCAAAGAGCAGAAUUGGAGCAGUGUUUGAAGCCAUCAGUAAUGACUUCAGCUACAAAAAUUACCUCACCCCUAGGAAGCAACGUGCUUUUACGCUGUGAUGCAACUGGAUAUCCCACGCCAAAACUCACCUGGCUUAGAUCAAACAACAUACCAGUGAACUAUACAGUUAUUCAAGAAAGUCCAGGAGAAGGUGAAAGAUGGUCCAUUAUUAGUCUGACAGGCAUUUCCUACAAAGAUGCAGGAGACUACAGAUGCAAGGCCAAAAAUUUCGCUGGAAUGUCAGAAGCUUCUGUUACUCUCACUGUUAUUGGUGUUGUUACCACAACGGUACCUUCCCCAAAGUAUGGCAAGAAGACAGAAAUACCUCAAGCAACUACAACCCAAGAAGAUAUCAAACCAGAAUUUUUCAAUGUAACGCUUUCUUUUUCUACAAUAGCAUCCACAACCACCUCUCCUUCUACAGCUAUGGCUACCACUGAAAAACUAACAACUAAAAGAGGAACUGACACAAAACAACCUGAGCCCAUGCCUGAUGACAAAAAGAAUGGGAACACAGUUGCUAAUGGAAGGAAAAAGCAAUUGGAUGCAUCACUCAGUGUAGAGCCAGCAGAUGAACAAAAUGUUACUCUAAAAAACCUAAGAGUAAUUCCUGAAACCAGUGAAAAAGUAACCUUAAUGUGGAAAAAUAUUGAUGGCUCUAAUAGCUCUGCUUUGACUGUGCUGUAUUCCAAGUAUGGGGAAAAAGAGAAGGUGUCACUAAAUCCAGAUCCCACAAAAAACAAAGUGACAAUAGAUGGUUUGGAGCCCAGCACAAAGUAUAUGGCCUGCGUAUGCCCUACAGAGAUGCUUCCCACCAAAGACCAAUGCAUCAUUUUCUCCACUGAUGGAAUUAAUAUGGAAGACAAAUAUCCUAUUUCUAUUUUGCUAGUAGCUAGUGGGAUAGCCUGUGCAAUAGCAAUACCACUCAUUUUUUUCUUACUAUAUAAAGUUGUGAUGCUUCAUAGGAAACCAAAAUUGAUCAAGGAAGAUGAACUUGCAAAAGAGACUUAUAUCAAAUUUGAAACUCUUUCUUUUAGACCACAUUCCAUGGGAGCAAAUGUGGAGAUCUGGACUCACCGAAACACUGAUGAAUCUGAAAGACAACUACUUUGUUCCAGGUCAAGUAUGGAUUCGCAGAUGACCUUCAAAAGUGAAGGUUCUAGGUCAGAGUACUUCUACUAACUCUAAUCUACAGAACCCAGAGUCAGCAGAAGUACUCUGAUCUAGAACUUUCAAUUUAGAUAGGGGCAAAAGAAGCUGAAACCCAAUACUGGAUCAAUGCCAACUACAAAUCAUAGAUGACAAAUACUGUAAAUGAUAGAAAUCGAAGUCUUAUGUGGUGUGGAAGGGAAAAUGCUUCUGCAAAAACAUUUAAUGACACUUGAUUAUUUCUGAAGCACUUAUCAAUGUAUAGUUUCUACUUGAUUAAUACUUCAUUUGUUGUUUAAAAAGAUUUAUGUAAAAUAUGUAUUUUCCUUCCAUGGUGCUCUCCACAUUUCUUUCAGUUAUAUACUGCUGCAGUUCAGUGCAAAGUACUUAUCAAUAUUUUGUUUAAUUAACUCAAAACUCCCAGUCUGUUAUGCAUGAGUGGAAAGACACAAUGGGGCACAACCCAGAACAAGCCAUUUCAAUUAGAUUAAUGAAUUAGUUCCAUUUUGUAUUGUGGUCAAGAGGUUGUAUGAUUAAAAAUAUGAGAUUCAAUUUGGGGAAUGCACAUAAAUAUUUAUAAUGUCAAGGUGUAAUGCAGUUAAUCAGCAUUAAAGUUACAGACAUGCAGCUAACCAAAGUAAGUCAGUGUUGUUGUUGUUGUUAAUUGUGAAGUAGUGUCCGACCCAUCGCGACCCCAUGGACAAUGUUCCUCCAGGUCUUCCUAUCCUCUACCAUUUUCUGGAGUCC